AUGACAGAUGUAGAAACCAAAGUGGCUCGCCGUAGGAAACCGCGCAAGUCGCGAGGCCGAGGACUCCGCACUACUGCUGGAUGUCUUAUAUGCAAGCAACGUCAUGUGAAAUGUGAUGAAGAACGUCCGCAAUGCGGCCCUUGUCGCAAAGGCCAGCGCCCGUGUGCAUACGAGCCUCCGGGGACCGAACAUGAGCGUGACAAGGAAAAACAACAUGAACCACAACAACGUCAGCAUAUUACCACCGUACAAGGUCAGCAUCCAAAUGGUGAUGACAACACUAUUCAGUCACCGACUGCAUCACGCGAGGGAAAUUUCCAGCUGUCGCCCGUGUCAUACCGCACGAGCGGCAUCUCGCCGAGCACGGAUAUUUCAUCUAGCCAUGCGCCCUACAGCUGGUUUGAGCUACUUACCACAGACGUCGCCAACCUUGGCCAGGACUUUCUGUUGUCACCGUCAGGAGAGACGACCACAGCUCUGGGAUUAUCACUGGCUGUCGAUAGUGGUUCACCCUCAAAUCCACUGCUCGUACCUCGAAAUUUGCGAGAAAAGCAGAGUUUCCAAGCCGCAGCGUUUGGCGAUAUCUCCGCGGCAAAUACUAAUAUCCCACCUGUUGAGACUCCUGCAGUUGUCAGAGAUGACAGGUCUUGUUGGACGCUCGCUGCACCAAUUCAGCUGAACUCCGUUGAAGCUUCUAUCUUCACGCAUUAUAUCCACAACCUAAGUGCCUGGCAGGAUUUUUUUGAUCCUCUUAAACACUUUGGAACCCUGAUACCUCAUUUGGCACUAAAUAACACUGGGCUUAUGAAGGCUUUGUUGGCCCUUUCAGCAAGGCAUAUUGCUUUAUGUCAGAAUAAAAAUUCGACCGGGCCGGCUCAAGGUCCCUCAAAACAUGAUACUACUAAUGAUGCGGAAGCACGUAGGAUCAGCCGGGAGAUGUCUGUGCAAUUCUACUUCGAGACACUGCGAUAUAUUCACAAGGCCAUGCACUACAAAUCAUACACGGGAAGCCAAGAGUUACUAGCUACUGUGAUUCUAAUCAGUACCUAUGAGAUGAUCGACGGGUCGAAUCAAGACUGGGAAAGGCAUCUCAAAGGCGUUUUCUGGAUUCAGCGUUCGCAGGACAACGACGGAGAAUCUGGAGGGCUACGCCAGGCUGUGUGGUGGACAUGGUUACAGCAAGAUAUAUGGGUUGCAUUAAUAGAACGUCGCCGUGUAUUUUCGUUUUGGCAUCCUAAACGACCUCUCGCAACGUUAACAUCUCCGGAACUAGCAUGCCGAGCUAUGUACCUUCUUGCUCAGUGUAUCAACUACGCUUCAAACGAGGAAAGAGAAGGUAACCCGAUUGAUCAACGAGCUCAAAGGGGGAAUGAGCUGCUUCAAAUGCUACAGGAUUGGGCCCAGCAUCUUCCGCCUGAGUUCAGUCCACUUCCGAUUAUCCAAAAUCGAAAUGAUACGGUCUUUCCACCAAUAUGGAUACAUCCUCCGACGUAUGCAGCUGCGGUUCAGGUGCAUUAUCUAUCGCAAAUCAUCGUUUUAAUGCAUCGCCCGUUAAAUGGCGGGCCUCUAGACUACAGUAUCGUGCAGAGAACUAUUCGGAGAGCAGUUGACAUAGUCUGCGGAAUUGCCAAAACUAUAGAUGAAGGCAGUACUCAGGCUAAUUACAUCUCUGUUCUCUGCCUCUUCGUUGCAGGCACCAAUCUUCAUGUGAACCAGGAACGAGCUCUUGUCCUCGAUCUCAUCGAGUCUUGCGAACAACGGAUCUCCUGGUCGAACAGAUCAUUGCGCACAGAGUUAGAGUCUGAAUGGCGCAAGAUUGAUGUUAGCGAGAGCUCGCUCGGGAGUCUUUGA